AUGCUAUAUUUCGUUAUUUGUAUAUUUGUCUUUUUUAGCUUCUUGAAGUUUACCAAACCAUAUAACCCUCCGGAAGACACGGAACAACGGCUGCUGGCUGUUUUCAAAGAGGCAGUUGACGACGCAUCCGAGGAGCACUGGAAAAAGUUUUCCUUUGAGGGCAAGUUAGAGCAAAAGUGUCGUUUUUUGUCGCUGGCUGAAAAGGCGUUAGGAAAACGAAUUCUGAGCAGCUAUCUGCAUGAUUUGAAAACUGUUGAGGACGUGUUGAAUUAUUUCAACAACAUAACGGCUUAUUCGGAAAUGAGUCGAAGUGAUCGGUCUCCCCAGAAUCUGCAUAUUAUGGAAGACGCGGUUCGUUUUCACCCCCUGACUGACACGCAGUUUGACGGCGUGAGUGCGUUUCCCAAAAGCUCCACCUACGUGUCCAGCUUACGUUACCGCCGCUAUUUGAAAGGCUAUCGCGCAAAAACCGAAUGGCAUCACUUUGAGGACAAAAAUUUCGACUAUACCGUUCCUCCUCCAGAUGCCCCUUGGACGAAGAAGAAGGCAGAAAGGAUGGACACCGUGAAGCCAUUUACCGAACUGCGGCUGAUUAAAAUUAUAUGA